AUGACUGAUAAUGCAUCGGCCUCUAAUUUUGAUACUUACAUUGGGGAUUUACAUGAAAAUCUCGAUCGGCUUCGUGAUAUGUCAGAUGUUGAUGAACAAUCAUCAGCGAUCGUUGCUGAUCUUGCACAAGCUUAUUCUGAACAUCCAUCACCGAUGCAAACAGCUAUGUGUUUAUCAUCUUUGUUUUGUGGUCAAAAAAAUAUUCUCACAUUUCUUCGACGUUCUUGUUCAAAAACUGAAUUGAAAAAAACUAAAGUUGAAAUUUUACAAUUUCUUAAAUUUUUCGUUGAAACGGCUGCUACGAAAAUUCUACCACAUGCUGUGGAACUUAAAACAGUUCUUCUAACAAUUUUUAAUGUCGAUACUGCAUCGGACGUUAGAGCAGCUAUAUUUCCGGUUUUAUCGCAAUUAAUGGAAUUAAGUGCUAGCUGUCCUGAUAUGCAGAAUGAAGUCGAUAAAUUGGCUACGACUUUUCUAGAUCAAAUCGGUCUGUCAAGUUCGAAAGCAACAGCAACAAUCAAAGGACUUUGCUUGGCAUGCCUUGGUUUAUUAUGUAAAUUUUUUCCAGAACACAUGAGAAAAUAUGCGGAUCCACUUUUACUUAGUCAAUAUUUGAAAUAUUUACAUGAACAAUUAGUCAAAGAUGUAAAAUUUGAAAUGUUAAUUGCCGCAGGUGCUAUAGAAGGUCUUAUUAAUUAUCUCGUUAAUUUUACUCCAUCAUCAACACCUGUGACGACACCGGCACCUAUGAUUCGGGGUAAAACUAAAGAAGAAGAUAAGCGUUUGAACGAAGAACGAAUUCGAUGUGAAUCAGAUUUAAAACGAGUUUAUAUCUAUGGGGCACGUGCGAUACAAACACAAGAUCAAACUAAUUUAAAUCGAUAUGCAUUAGUUAAAGCUGGUCUUGAACUGUUUGCUCAACAUUCAACAUUGUUCACAGAAUAUCUUUAUGAUGAUUAUCCUGAAAUACUUCGAUGUAUUCGAGCAUGGAAUGUCCAUGAUAAUUAUGACGUUAAAAAAAUAGCUCAACGUUCCUAUGACAAUUUUUUACUUGGAGUUGCUAAUGCAUUAAAAGAAACAAAUGUUAAAACACCAGAGGAACGUUGUCGUGCUGUACAAGUGUUUCAAUAUUUUAUUAAAGAAUUUCGUGAUAAAAUAGAUACACCCGAAUUAGAAAUUCGAGACUUAGCCAUGGGAAUUCGUGGUUAUGGAAUUUUCGCUAAUGCUUGUAAACUCUAUGGUACAGAAGAAGAUAUAAAAUUUAUGUUUGUUGGCCUUAUUCAACGCUGUGAACAAAUCGCUAUGUCAACAGUAACAUUAUCACAAGCAGCGGAUAUUUUUGAUGAACGUUUCUAUGGAUUGCCUAAUCUAAUCGAUGCUCUUUCAGCUAUUAUUAUUGAAAUGACAAACAUUGGCGAAGAAUUUCUCGGUCCACUCGAACGUUUAACUGUGAUGACAAUUGAUUAUUAUCCUCGUUAUCAGCCUAAACCUCAAGCCACAACAUGUUCAUCUGUAAUUAAAAUGAUUUUAGCUUUACAAACAAAACCAAAUUCAUACAAACCAUUUCUAUCACGAAUAGUAACUCAAGCGCUUAUUCGUUGCUGUUCUCAUCCAUUAAAAUCAGCUGUCGAAGAAGAAUUAGAAAAUUAUGAACCAAAUGUAUCCGAAGAUAAACUAAAAUCUCUUCUAUCAAUCGGAAAAACAAUCACCUAUGAAAAUUAUCUUCCACUAUGGAAAUCACUUUUAAGUGUGAUUUCACUCAAAGAAUUUGAUACAAGUGCAUAUCCAAUAUUCGAACGACAAAACAUGCUUGUUUCGUUGUAUGACGAAAUCAUAGAAUCAAUUUUACAUAUUAUCGAUCGACUUGAUUUGAGUGUUGAAAAAGAAAAGCAAGAUGGUGAAAAUCAUGAUGAAACUACCACAACGGAUCCAGUUUUUGGCAUGCGACCUGUGAAACCCAUCGAUUUUCAAAUAUUCUAUAAUCUCGUCGAUUUUUGUCAGGAUUUAUUACCCGAACAAUCACCGGAACUGUUUCUAAAAUGGAUAUUUCGAUUUUUAUACGACAUCAUCGCAACAUCAACAAAAUAUCCAUUAGUUAGCGGUGUAUAUCGAUUUGCUACGUUCGUUAUGAAUAUCUGUUUGAAACUUGAUUAUUUCAAAUCAAAUCGUUCCAGAAUGGGUGCUGAAAUUGAAAUGAUGGAAAUUGAUAUAAACGAAAAUGAACAAAUUCAAGCUGCUUGUGGACUCGUUCGACGAUUUGCUCAUGAAGUACUUUCUCGUCAAAAACAAUAUCGCGAUGAUUUACUUGUAUCGUGUUUACAAUUUAUUAUUUCAUUACCAUCGGAAUGUAUCGAUUAUGAUUUUGCUGAUUAUGUGCCAGCUAUACAAAUUGCUUUAAGUAUUGGUUUAACUUAUUUACCGUUAGCUGAACAGACAAUCAAUAGUCUUGAACGAUGGUCACAAUCAACAUCCUUGAAUUUACCGAGUUUCUAUAGCCAAAUCUUACCUUAUCUUGAUGAUUUUCUUCGUUUAUCCUAUGAUCAAGGUGAUGAUGUGAAUGUUCGAGCUGUUGUAUCGUCGUUACAAGAAAAAACACGUCUAAGUUCCAAAGGCAAACGUGUUUUACCAACACGAAUGCUGAAAAAAACAAAACAGAUAAAACACCUCUUUGAAGAUAGUGAUAUUCGUCGUGUACAAUUUCGUAUUUUGAAAUAUCUUGGUUCAUUAGGCAAUCGUGUAAAUCAUUAUCUCAUCGAUGAUACUUCAAAUCAUUUAAUUAAAGACGCUGUCGCGUGGGAUAAUGAAAAUCAUUUGACAUUUAACGUACCAUUUGAUGAUAUAAAACCAACGAUUCAUCUUGAUAUUUUUCUGCCUCGUCUGGUCGAUUUAGCAUUGCACAGUUCCGAUCGUCAAACAAAAAUUACUGCAUGUGAAUUGCUUCAAUCAAUAAUGCUCUAUAUGAUAGGAAAAAGUGCAAAUAAUCGAAGCACUGCAGCAGCUUCCUAUGAUAAAUUGUAUGAACAUUUAUUUCCUGUUGUACUCGAACUCUCCUGUGAUUCAGAUACAUUUACAAAAACAUUAUUCACUACAUUUAUGAUUCAAAUAAUACAUUGGUUUACUAAAAAUCAAAACUAUGAAAGUCCUGAAACAAUGUCUCUGCUCGACACAUUUAUGAAUGGUAUGAUAUCUGGCCGGAAUGCGUCCAUACGUGAUUUUAGUGGUGUAUGUCUAAAAGAAUUUCUUAAAUGGACGGUUAAACAUGCCGGUGGAUAUGAUAAAUCAGUUUAUUUAAAAAAUGCUACAUCGAUUCUUAAACGAAUUUUGAGUUUUGCACUGCAUCCAAACAGUUUCAAAAGACUUGGAUCGACAUUAGCCUGGAAUUCAAUUUAUAUGCUUUUUCGAGAAUCGGAAACAUUAGUGGAUGUCUAUACUCUUCAAUUGCUUUUUGUAUUUGUUGAAAGUCUAGCCAUCGCUCAGGAAGACGAUCCAUCGUUAGGUACUCAACAACAAGCCAUAGGAGCUUUAUCGCAUAUUGAAAGAAUAAUAAAAGAAAAAUCACAAUUAUUCAUUAAAGAAACGCCAAAACGGCAUCGACCACCAUCGUGGACUGAAGCCUCACUCGAUGUUACAGUUCGAUGGUUGCUUCGACAAUGUGGACGAAUUGAAACAGAAUCUCGGCGGAAAUGUAUUGAACUUGUUUGUACAUUUAUUCCACUACUACCGGGUAUCCGAUCAAUACGAGAAUAUUUUGACUUGAAAAUUAAAUCAGACGGAAAUAUUUAUUUCAUUGAAAGAUUCGAAGGUACAGCUAGUAAAGAAAAGAAAACGAGAUUCAAAGCCAAUCUGGCCAAUCAAGCAUGUCUAACUGAUAUGAAUGAACAAUUUUCUCUUCCGAUGAUCUAUCAAUGGCUUGAUACAGUUAUUGCCUCAUUGGAUUGUUAUACAUGGGUAUUUUCACAAGGUUUUCUCAAUCCUCUUCUAUUUCAAGAGAAUAAUAAACGAAGUCGUUUGAUUGAAUCAUUGUCAUAUUUUAUUUCGAAAAUAUCGAUGAAUACACUUCACGAUAUUGUUUCUUAUUUUCCAUCGUCGAAUCAAUCCAAUGUAUUUACACCGAAUGAUGUUCAUCAAUUCGAUACUGCGAAAUGUACUGUUAUAGUUCGUCUACUUAAUUUUAUAACAGCGAUUUGGACAAAAUAUCCGCAAGAUACAAAACGUGCAAUCGAAAGUUCAUUCUAUAGUAACGAUUUAACAAAGUUAAUUCUAACUUGUGUAUUUAAUCCAACACAAAUCGGAUUUGAUAUUAAUAAUGACGAAAUCAAUAAGAAACUACCAGAACGAAUUCUUAGCUUACUCAAAUCAAUGACAACUCAUUUACCCGAACAAUUGCUACAACCAUUACGUAUCAAUGCAGUUGAAAUGACGAAAUCCGAUGGGAUGUACAACUUGAAAAAUGAACUUGAGAUGAAUCCUGUUCGUUGGCCGCUUAUAUUUACCAUCACACGUGGCCUUCGUCUCUUGUAUGAUGUUCGAUUGUUAACUAAACCCAGUCAACCCGAACAAUAUGCUAAAGAACUUUGGACCGCAAUGUUAGCGAAAAUGAUCACAAACGCCGAAGAUUUUGAUAGAGCCAACAUUGUUUUAACAAUUGAUAAUCAACGUGGUUUACAAGCUCUAUUUGAUUAUAUUAUUUAUUUAGGCAUCAAGCCCAAUGAAGUGUUGCCAAACUUUUUUCGAUCGAAUCGUAUUCAUAGUGAUUCUGGUAUGGCAACUGUGGGAACCUAUUUAUUAACAUUAUUUAAACAUCAGAUAACAAGUUGGCUUGGUACAACUCCUCACUUUAUAAUAAAUAAUAUAGGCGAAAUCAAAACUGUUGAUGAAUGUCGUUUAAUUGUUUCGUUUCUAACCACUGUUCUUGAUCUAUGCAGUCGAGACAAAGAUAUUCGUCAACAAUAUGGUCGCCAAUUUGUCGAUGGUAUUUAUACGUGUUGGCCAUUGUUUGUUUUACUCUACCGUUCGACAAAUAUUGAUGAUAAAUUAUUAAUUCUUACUCUAUUAACAAAGACUUUUAUUAUCGAUAGUCGUUUAUUGAUUGCACAUGAACAAUUCGGUCACGUGUCACAAAUGUAUUUAUCAUUAUUAAUCGAUAAACAAUUAAAUUUAACAUUUAAAACACGUUUGCUUGAUCUCUUACCGUUUUUUGCAUCGCUUGAUACCGAUGAAGAUCUAACGGAAGAUCGACGUAAGAAAUGGUCCGAUGAUCUUUGUCGUACUUUACAUACGUUUACAGCUGAUUGUUUUCCAUUGAAAAGUACCGAAUUUCGUAAAGGUACACAAGAGUAUCAUGAUUAUCAAGGUGCAAUAAGAAAAAUUUUAUCUGCACUUGAACUAUCAUCAUCAUUUAUAUUAUUUGAAUUAUUGAUUUGGAUGUUAUCAUGUGAACAAAAUCAUGUAUUUGAAGAUGAAAUUCUAUCGUCAAUAAAUCGUUUUAUAAUUAAAUUAAAUGAUCAUAAUAAACAGAUGAACUUACUUGAUUACAUCUAUUCAAUAUUAUUUGGUCAAAAUCCAUUGUUUCGUCUUGAACAUCGUUUAAAUGCAUUAGAAAAGUUUAUAUUAAAAAUGUUAACAUCAGUUAAAAAAAAUACACUAAUUGAAUUUUAUAAAAAAUAUAUAUCAUUAUUUGCUAUUGAACAACUUGAUAUUAAAAUUGAUUUAACAUCAUCAACAAUAACAUCAGUUUUAAUUAAUAAAAUUGCUACUUACCGUUUUAUUGAUUAUAUGUAUACGAUAUUAAACAAGGAUGAUGUGUUCGGAGUUAAUUCGCCGAUUGCAAAAGUUUUCUAUGAAAAAGUUAAACAACAAGAAGAAGCAAGAAAAACAUUAAAUAUUGAAAUGCCAAUCACGGCCAUUAAACUUGCUGCGACCUUGGAUGGAAAAGAAUUAACAAAGUAUGUGAUAGCAAGAGCUCGCGGACAAUUUAUUGAUGGAAAAAUGAUUAAAUCCAUGGAAAUGAUGUUAAUCAAUGUGCCGGCAAUGGAAAAAGAAACGAAAAUGAAUGCAAUACGAUCUCUAGCAAUGAGUUCAUUCAAUUGUCUUAUUUCAGUAUUGAUUUGUACACAAACAGAAGCUAAACUUUACAAAGCUUUUAUUUUUGAUGCGAAUGCGUCCAAGGAUGAAUAUAUCUUUGAAAAUAUAAUCGAUCCCGAUCAUAAAUAUACAUUUCCUCUUGAACUCGAACGUUAUUAUAAAAAAGACAAUCGUACAUUGUUGAAUAUACUCUGUAAAAAAAUUCGUACAUCAUCAAAUUCUGAUAGUCAACAACGUUCAUCGACUACACCACGUUAUUUACCAUCGCAAUAUUUAUUUGGUAGUAGUCUAACUGAUGAAUUAGCUGUUUUCGAUUUUACUUCAGCAGCUGUUACACAACAACAAAGUGAUUUAAAUAAAAGUCAAUCGAAUUCUCUUGCGGAAAGUUCCAUGGAAAUCGCUCUUCAUAAAAAAAACGAUGAUCGACCUGCAUUAAUCGAAGGUACAGAUACUGAUUUCGGAGCUGACUUUCUCGAACUGGAAAUGGACGAACUCAACCUACAUCCAUGUAUGGUACCGAUGGUAUGCUUACUUAAACAUAUGGAAACAAACGGUAUCACACCUGUUCAAUCUGAUAUGCCUCCUUGGAUGAUUUGUUUAUAUAAAAAAUUCAGUGACGCAAGCAUACCAUUCAAUAUAAGGCUGUUUAUCAUGCGUCUUAUAACACAUACACAUACAGUAUUUAAACCUUAUGCACGUUAUUGGUUAACGCCAAUCAUUCAAAUGUGUAAUCAAGUGUUUGAAAAAUCUUCCGAAGGUUUAAAUACAUUUCUAAUCGAUACCAUUGUUAUAUUAUUAUCAUGGAAUUCCGUAGCCAUACCAAGUGAACUUGACACAAUGUCGGUACAACGUCUUUUAGAAUAUUUAUUUCUUAAUUGUACACAUAAAAAUUCUCUUGUUAUGAAAUCAAAUUUAGAUUUAAUUAAAAAAUUAAUUGAAUCCUGGCAUCAACGUAUUCACACGCCAACAUUAAUUGUUUACAAAUUAAUAUCGGAUCAAGAUAUUAAAUCUAAACAAAAUGCAAUAGGUUUAUCAUUAAUCGGAAUUCUAUUAGCAAAUCAAAUAUUGCCUUAUAAUGAAGUAAAUGAUUUAACUGAAGAUAAAUUUAAUGAAACAUUAUUAAAAAAUAUGAAAAAUUCCUUUCGAAAUAUUUAUGCAGCAGCGGCGGAAGUGGUUGGAAUGUUAUUAAAUGUUAAAAAAUUGAAAGGACAAUCAAAUCAACGUUUAUUAGAACAAUUAAGUUUUAUAUUAAAAUGGCAUAGUGGUCAAGGUUUACAAGAUACAUAUGUGACAUGUAUUUAUUCAUUACAAAAACACUACCCGGAAAUUGUUGAUAAAACUGUUAUGAAUAAAUUAAUGUUCGGUUUGAAAAAAUUAUAUGGAGAUUUUAAAAUGGAAUGUUUAGAAGCACUGGUGGCUAAUAUCACGGAAUUCGAAUCGGCAUAUUUGGAAUUGAAAGCAGCUGGAAUACUUGAUAUUCUUAUUCAUAAAGAUUUCAGUAUUCGUUGUGUUGCAUUACGUCUUCUACACAAACUUUUACCCCAACUAACUCACGAACAAUUAUUUGAAAUAGUUCAAGUUUUAUCGGUUGAUGGUCCCAACGAAUGUCAAUAUUGGACACUUGAAAUUUCUAAAUGGAUGUACGAUUAUAUAACACAACAAAUAACAAGUGAAAAAAGCAUUUCAUCAAAACCUAUAUCGGAACCAUUUUAUCAUCAUGUACGCGAACAGUUACUUCAAUUUCUCUCGAGUAAAAAUGAAUAUAUACGUGUUAAUUGUCGUAACUUUUGGUGUGAUCCAAAACGACUGAGUAUAUCAUCACAUCAUCGUCUUAUUGCCAUGGUUGAUCAGCUAUAUUCAAUAAAAACUGAAAAUGAAUAUUUAAAUUAUUGUACAAAUUUUCUUCUUGAACGUACAUCACAUAAUCCUGAUUAUAAUCGUUUUAUAUUCGAAAAUCCACUUGAUAAAUGUACAUUUCAAGAAUUCCCAUUAGUAUGUAAUUGGCGACAACAUCAUCAUACGUAUAUGACGCCAUUAUUUACAUUGCAAUCUCAAUCUACAAAUGAUCCAAUCAAUACAAAUAUAAUGACAGUAGAUCCAGUUCAUUAUAUGCAAACAUUAACAGAUAAUAAUAAUCGAAUGGAUCAACAAAAUAAUGCAGCAGCAGGAAUGAUUUUACAAACACAGGAAAUAUCGAAUCGACAACAAUUCAUGCCAACACAAAUGUUAGACAAGAAUACAAAUUAUAAUUGGCUUAAACAAACGAAUACAUUUGAUACGUCAAAUACUUAUGUUUUGCCCACAUUAUCGACUCAAGUUAAAACAACAUCAUUAAUAGUUAAUGUUGAAAAUGCAAAUAAAAAAUCGAAAAUAAAUCCAUCGGAUAAGAACGAUACGAAUGACGAUGAUAUAUUUCGACUUAAACGACGAUUUCUUAAAGAUACUGGCAAAUUACAUGGCUAUUUUGCACGUAAACAAACAGAGAAAAAUCAAAAAGAAAAGCAAUUUCUCAACGAAAUUAAACUCAAACAAGAAAAUCAAGUUGAAAAAUAUCGUAUCUAUCGUAUUGGUGAAUUGCCCGACAUUCAAAUUCGUGUCAGUGAUAUUAUUAUUCCUUUACAAGCACUGGCUCAAUACGAUAAUCAUAUUGCUCGGCUGCUCUAUUCGAAUUUAUUUACAUCCAUAUUAACUUCUCUCGAAGAUAAACUUUCUAGUGGUGAAUAUACCGAACUGAUAGAAACGAUUCAACAUCGUUUUAAUGCUAUGUUGUCUCAAUCGGAAAUAUUCUAUCCAUCAUUUGUCAUGUCCUUACUUGAUAUCACAUUGUCGAAACCUAAACAUCUAAAAAUUUCCUCGCAAUAUGUCAGUGCAGCAGCGAUAGCCAGUCAUUUGGAGCCCAUGGGCAUAUUAACAUUAGAAUGUUUUAUUCGUUUGAAUCAAGCAAAUGAACCGGAUGAUAUAACACAUGAAUCAGUAAAAAAGAAAUUCAAGUCCGAUCCUGAUUCAAAUAGUCAAUCAUAUAAACAUGUUGAUUAUUGGCUUGAAUUAGCUAAAUGUUAUCGUUCGAUCACAAAUUAUGAUGAUGUACGUGGUAUUUUUUGUCAAAUUUCUUCACUAAAAUCAUUAACAUUAAAAGCUAUCGAAGAAGAAAGUCACUCUGAUUUUCUGUCUGCUUUAAACAGUUACGUCACAGCAUUAGAAGAGUAUCCUUUAACAGACGAUGCAGUAAACGACCAAAUACUAGAAUUAGAACACGAAUUUUGGACACAAUCAAUGCUUAAUUGUUGUAAUCAACUAAAUAAUUGGUCAAUUAUGUCUAAACAUAUAUUUAUUGCUAAUACAACAUUUGAUACACUCUGGUCAAAUGCAUAUCAAUUAAAUUAUUUGAUGCCGUACGCAAUACGUUCGAAACUUAAAUUACUUAUAUCAGGUACAGAACAAGAACAAUUAGAACAAGAAGGUCUUUGUCAAUUCUUUAACAAUCUAUCAUCAACUACAAAUGCUACACCGGCAACAACGACAUCCGAUACAGAAACAACAUUUGUAAAACGUUCUUAUAUCGAAAAACAAUAUCCAUUUGAAUUGGCGACCUAUUUUCUUUAUCAAAAAGAUUUCGAUCGUUCAAAAUAUUAUAUUCACUAUGCCAAAGAACAAUUUUUACUGCGUUGGUCUCAAUUAAGUCGUUUAAGUGAAUAUGGCCGUAAAACUACGAUACAAUUAAUUCAACCCUAUCAUGAACUUGAUCAAUUUCUUGUUUUCAUCGAACAUAAUCUACCUCUUCUUAAAAGCCUCGAAAAUCGCUAUUUAACAAAUAAUAAAAACGAUGCAGCAACUCGUGAUCUAUUUCAAGAACGUAUACAAAACGAUUUACUUUCACAAUGGAAAUUGCCUGAUGUUAUUCGUAGUUCAAUUCAAACUUGGGAUGAUAUUGUUACCAAUCGAGCUCUAUUUUUAGACAUUCUCGAUGAAUUGGUCGGUGGACCGCGAAUGACCUUUACAAGCCGUUUAAAAGCCAUUGAAUUCGAUCCUAUACUUAUUGAUUAUAAAGUCCAAUCAUCGCUCGAUGUGGCCUAUUGUGCAUUGCGUCAACGAAAUUUUAAAUUAGCUUUAUCAAAAUUAAAUGAUACACGUAAUCGACUUGAUUUAUGUCAAAAUCCAUCGAUUAAAUCUAUUUAUUGGAAUGAAAUCUAUUGUGAUGUGCAUUUAAAGCGUCAUCAAAUUCAAUCAUCAGUAUCGACUCUAUCAAGUUUAUUAUCAACGCUGGUUGCUAAAGAACUAAAAAAAAUGGAAACUAAAAUAAGUUCAUUACAAAUUAUUGAUGAACAAACAGCAUCAUUAACUUCAACUUAUAUACAAUUGAAUUCACAAUUUUGCCGAACAGUCAUUGAUUUUCUACUUGCACAACCGAAGACUUAUUUUGACUAUGAAAAUGACGAUAGAAUUUCUUCAGCUAGACAUCGACAAUUAGAAAUGUAUUUAUACGGUUUAGACGAUCAUACAACAAAUAUAGAAACAACAGACGUAUUAAUCCAUGAGUUGUUCAAUAAAAGUGUUCAAAUAUUAAAAAAUAAUAUUGAGAAACAAGAGACCGAUUUACAAAAUUUAGCGACAAAUAUUCGUCAGGCAAAAGAAAAUGUUCUCAGUCGUGAUUACAAUGAAUUGGCAAGUCUUUGCGAUGAUUAUCUACGUCGAUAUGAAAAUAAUGAAGAUGAAGAUCAUCUAAUGGAUAGAUUAUUUUCCGGUGAUAGUAGUAAUAAAAUAGCCGAAAUUAUCGUUAAAUCGAUUCUCUCAUCAAUGAAAUAUGGUUCAAACGAAGGUGUUAAACGGUUUUCACGUUUAUUACAAAUAAUUGAAUUAUAUCCAAAUACAAUGGAAUCAGUCGCCAAUCAUUUACAAGAAAUUCCGUGUUGGAUGUUUUUUGAUUGUCUAUAUCAAAUAACAGCAUACUUAGAUAAACCCAUAGGUCUUAAACUGUAUCCAUUAAUUGAUGAAAUAGUGAAACUUUAUCCGCAAUCAAUUGUUUAUCCAUUUAAAUUAAGUUAUGAAACACUUCAACAUUCGACAAAGGAUCCAACAUUGAAGCGUAAUCUUGACAUCAUUCGUCAUAAAUUAGAUCGUCAUACACCGCUUGUCAAUGAAUUUAUUCAAGCAUUAAACCAAUUGAAUCCUCAACAAGAAUAUGAAAACUGGUGUAAAGAACUAUAUCAACUGUUAACCAACGAUCGCAAUACGCGAGAUAUAAAUAAACUGAAAAAUCAUUAUAAAAAAUUCAAGGAAAUUCUUUUUUCGGAUCUUAUGGCUCAUGAUGAAACAAACGAACAAACUGCGAUGACAAUAACAUCACAAGAUAGUGUUUUCAAUGAUGGUAAAGAUCAACGUUUACUAAAACCUCGAUUAACAUCAAUUCGUUUUCAAUUUAAAAAUACCGUCGAAAAAGAUUUCGAUAAUCUUUUUGGUAAACACGGUGAAUUGUUUUCUACGGUAUCAUUAACAGAUGUGAAAUCGGUAUUGACAAAUCUUGGCACGAAAUUAAAAUCUAUAGCACAAGAUAAAACAAACAUAAAUGAUUAUUCAACAUGGUUUUCAUUGACGUUUCGACAACAACAUCGUCUAAUAGGAACACCAUCAUUACGCGAGAUAGAAAUACCAGGUCAAUAUACAAGUAAAAAGAAACCAUUCGUAGAACAUCAUAUUAAAAUAGUUGGUUUCGAUGAAAAAAUAUUGGUACUACAAUCAUUGCGACUACCGAAACGUUUAACUAUACGUGCUCAUGAUGAAAAUGAUUAUCCAUUUUUAGUUAAAGGCGGAGAAGAUAUACGACAAGACCAACGUAUUGAAGCGUUAUUUUCAAUAAUGAAUGAUCUCUAUGCCGAUGAUCCUAAUUGUAAUCAAUCAAAUUCAGCACAUAUUGCUGUACGAACAUAUAAAGUGAUUCCAAUGUCAUCAAAAUUAGGUAUGAUUGAAUGGCUUGAUAAUACACGUCCAUUAAAAGAACUUAUUGAAUCAAGUUAUACACCUGCUGAACAAGCUAUUAUUGCACAAGGUCAACAUCCACGAAAACUUUAUCAAGAUUAUGUUACAAAAGUAUUUCAAAAUGCUAAGCCAACAGCUAAAUCAACUAGUAAUACAAUUAUGUAUGCCGAAUUAUUUCUUAGUUUAACAAAAGCACAAGUCGAAGAUGAAUUUAAUAAAAUUCAAUCGGUGAUACCAAGUGAUUUACUUCGACGUGCUUAUUAUAAAAUAGCAAAUUCGCACGAAGGAUUUUAUACAUUGCGGCGACAAUUUAUUACAAGUUAUGCUGUUCUAUGUACCAGCCAUUAUAUUCUUGGCAUUGGUGAUCGACAUCAAUCAAAUUUUCUUAUUGAUACAUCAUCAGGACAAGUUAUUGGCAUUGAUUUUGGUUCUGCAUUCAAUGCUGCAACUAUUCAUUUACCUGUUCCUGAACUUAUUCCUAUUCGUUUAACACGACAACUUAUUCAAUUAAUGUCACCCAUUGGUACUGACGGUCUUUUUCGCGCAACAAUGAUACAUACGAUGAAUGCUUUACGUGAAAAUUCAGAUUUAUUACUUAGUACAAUGGAUGUUUUUAUUAAAGAACCUCUUAUGGAAUGGAUGGAGCAUGCACUUAAAGCAAGCAAACAAGUUACACAAAGUGAAUCUCCAACGGUUCGUUCCGAUGAUACAUAUGCUAAAGAUCGAAUAAAAAGUGCACGGUUAAAACUCAAUGGAAUUAAUCCAGCAGUUAUUCUUGGUUCUGAUCUUAAAUUAAAUAAUUUUCUUCGUCCAUCGGCUUUGAAAGACGCACUUCGUCAGAUGGAAAAAGUUGUUGGCGGUGAUCAAAUACAUAAUAAACGUGCACAAAUUCUAAUGCAAUAUGAAUCAAAUCGUUAUCAUAAGUUAACAGUCGAUGAACAAAUUGAUUGUAUUAUUGAUCAAGCAACUGAUGUUGAUAUACUUGGUCGAUCCUGGGCUGGCUUAGAAACAUUUAUGUAA